AUGCCAAAGGUUGGAGGAGGAUUCAAAAAACCACCUAACAAGUCUGGAUUACCAGCAACAACAACAGUACCAGAGGACAACAAGUUUUUUGUUGAAUUAUUUGACGGUUUUAUUGAAAAAAACAAAUCGGAUAUUGUGGCAAAGAUUGAGGAAGAGAUUGAAACUUUCAAGAAGAAGAAAGAUGAAUUGAAAAAUAUUAUUGUAAAGAAGGAAAAGGGAGUGGAUGAUGAAGAACUGGACUUUUCAGAGAGUGAGGAUGAAUCAUCUGUCCAAAUUAUUGCGGAAUACCAUGCGGAAAAGAAGAAUAUCAAUGAAGAAUGCAAGAAGAAUAAGAAGUUGAAAAACAUCUCUCCUGUGGCAGAAAGGCAAGAUGCUAAAAUUGAUGAAAUUGGUAAACAGCUUGCCAAAGAAACAAAGAAAAGGAAGCGAGUGGAUGAAGAUUUUGUAUGUGAGCCACCAAUUCUAUCUGCAGCUGAUGCAUUGGAUCCAUCUAACAUUUUGAAUGAAAAUGUUGACUCCCUCUUGAAUGAGUUUUGUGAUUUAGUUGAUGCUGACUUGACAAAGUUAGAUAUUGGCAUGACACAAUCAAGCAAUUUCCUUCGUUCAGUUGAAGAUCGUGUCAAACAAGCAACUCAGCAAUUGGAUUCCCAAAUCAUUGAAUUAGAAAAAUCGAGAGAGGAGAUACUCAAAGAAUUCGAUAACAAAUUGGAAGCUUUGAAAUUCUCCAAGACUCAAACAGUUGGACCAUAUCUAGAAAUGGUUGAAACAAGCAAAAAGGUACUUGAAAAACAAACAACAAAUUGCAAAUUAAAAGCCCAAAAAGCAUCAGCCAAAAUCAAAGACAGAGUGCAAAGAUUCCUUGAGGAUCCAAUAAAUGACCAAUAA